GAUGGAGUCUGUCUUCAGCUAAGUGUGCUCUUUGUGCAUGCCUGCGAGAGAGGAUGCAGGAACAGCCUCGGACUUUGUGCUGAGCAGCCAUCUCUGGCCUCUCCUGGCUUGACUGGCACAGGGAGCCUUGGCUAGAGGAGGCAGCAGAAGGUCAGAAGAGUGGACACUGGCAAGAGGAGGGCAACCUCUUUCCUGGCUCCUCAGACACCAUGGACAGCUCCCGUUAACGAAGGCACCUCUCCACCCUUCGGGCCUUGGGACUCCUAUGCCCCCUUCCUGUCCAAUUGGGAUUUCAUUCACCAUUCUCCAAGGGACACUGAAGUUACACCCUAGUUCCAGUGUUGGGACCGGUAGCUCCUCUGGACAUGACUCUCCUGGAAGGCGCUGUGGGGGUGGAGGACCUGGUGCUCCUGGAACCCCUGGAGGAGGAGUCUCUUCUCAAGACCCUCCAGCUGCGCUAUGAAAAGAAGGAGAUUUAUACCUACAUUGGGAAUGUGUUGAUCUCCGUGAAUCCCUACCAACAGCUGCCCAUCUAUGGCCCAGAGUUCAUUGCCAAAUACCGGGACUAUACCUUCUAUGAGCUGAAGUCCCAUAUCUAUGCUUUGGCAAACAUGGCAUACCAGUCACUGAGGGACCGAGACCGAGACCAGUGCAUCCUCAUAACGGGCGAGAGUGGAGCCGGCAAGACGGAGGCUAGUAAGCUGGUGAUGUCUUAUGUGGCGGCUGUGUGUGGGAAAGGGGAGCAGGUGAACUCUGUGAAGGAGCAGCUGCUUCAGUCAAACCCCGUGCUGGAGGCUUUUGGCAAUGCCAAGACCAUCCGCAACAACAACUCCUCUCGAUUUGGAAAAUACAUGGACAUUGAGUUCGACUUCAAGGGGUCCCCCCUCGGUGGCGUCAUCACAAACUAUCUGCUGGAGAAAUCCCGAGUGGUGAAGCAGCUCGGAGGAGAAAGGAACUUCCAUAUUUUCUAUCAGUUGCUGGCCGGUGCAGAUGCCCACCUGCUGAAGGCCCUGAAGCUUGAGCGGGACACAAGUGGCUAUGCCUUCCUAAACCAGAAAGUGUCCAGAGUUGACGGCAUGGACGAUGCCUCCAACUUCAAGGCUGUACAGAGUGCAAUGACUGUGAUUGGUUUCUCGGAGGAGGAGAUUCAACAGGUGCUCGAGGUGACGGCCCUCGUGCUGAAGCUGGGGAACGUGGAGCUGGCAGACGAGUUCCAGGCCAAUGGGACAUCAGCAAGUGGCAUCCGGGAUGGGAGAGGUAUUCAGGAGAUUGGGGAAAUGAUAGGUUUGAAUUCAGAGGAACUAGAGAAAGCUUUGUGCUCAAGGACCAUGAAAACAGCCAAAGAAAAUGUGGUCACUGCACUGAAUGUCAUUCAGGCUCAGUAUGCUCGCGAUGCUCUGGCCAAGAACAUCUACAGCCGCCUUUUCAACUGGAUAGUGAAUCGAAUCAAUGAGAGUAUCAAGGUGGGCACUGGGGAGAAGAAGAAGGUAAUGGGGGUCCUGGAUAUCUAUGGCUUUGAAAUUCUAGAGGACAAUAGCUUUGAGCAGUUUGUGAUCAACUAUUGCAACGAGAAGCUGCAGCAGGUGUUCAUCGAGAUGACGCUGAAAGAGGAGCAGGAAGAAUAUGAGAGAGAGGGCAUACCAUGGACAAAAGUGGACUACUUUGAUAAUGGCAUUAUCUGCAACCUCAUUGAGCAUAAUCAGCAAGGCAUCCUGGCCAUGCUGGACGAGGAGUGCCUACGGCCUGGGGUGGUCAGUGACACCACCUUCCUAGCGAAGCUGAACCAGCUCUUCUCCAAGCACAAUCACUAUGAGAGCAAAGUCACCCAGAAUGCCCAGCACCAGUAUGACCACACCAUGGGCCUCAGCAGCUUCCGUAUCUGCCACUAUGCGGGCAAGGUGACUUACAACGUGAACAGCUUCAUUGAUAAGAACAAUGACCUACUCUUCUGGGACUUGUCCCAGGCCAUGUGGAAGGCCCGGCACCCCCUCCUUCGGUCCUUGUUCCCUGAGGGAGAUCCCAAGCAGGCAUCUCUCAAACGCCCCCCGACUGCUGGGGCUCAGUUCAAGAGUUCUGUGGCCAUACUCAUGAAGAACCUGUAUUCCAAAAACCCCAACUACAUCAGGUGUAUAAAGCCCAAUGAGCAUCAGCAGCAAGGUCAGUUCUCGUCAGAGCUGGUGGCCGUCCAGACUCGGUACCUGGGACUGCUAGAGAAUGUGCGGGUGCGACGGGCGGGCUAUGCCUACCGCCAGAGGUACGGGCCCUUCCUGGAAAGGUACCGAUUACUGAGCCGGAGCACAUGGCCUCGCUGGAAUGGGGGAGACCGGGAAGGGGUCAAGAAGGUCGUGGAGGAGCUGAGCUUGUCCUCAGAGGAGCUGGUCUUCGGGAAGACGAAGAUCUUCAUCAGAAGCCCCAGUACUCUGUUCCACCUGGAAGAGCAGCGGCGCCUGAGACUGCAGCAGCUGGCCACACUCAUACAGAAGACCUACCGGGGCUGGCGCUGCCGCACCCACUACCAGCUGAUGCGCAAGAGCCAGAUUGUCAUCUCUGCCUGGUUUCGGGGCAACGCGCAAAAGAAACGUUAUGGGAAGAUAAAGGCGUCAGCAUUGCUGAUCCAGGCUUUUGUGCGAGGGUGGAAGGCCCGCAAGGAUUAUCGAAAGUACUUCCGGUCAGGGGCUGCCCUCACCUUGGCAAAUUUCAUCUACAAGAGCAUAACACAGAAGUUCCUGCUGGGGCUGAAGAACAGUUUGCCAUCUACCAACAUCCUGGACAAAACGUGGCCAGCUGCGCCUUACAGGUGCUUCCACACAGCUAACCAGGAGCUGCGGCAGCUCUUCUACCACUGGAAGUGCAAGAAAUUCCGGGAUCAGCUGUCCCCGAAGCAGGUAGAGAUCCUGAGGGAGAAGCUCUGUGCCAGCGAACUGUUCAAGGGCAAGAAGGCUUCCUACCCCCAGAGUGUCCCCAUCCCAUUCCGCGCUGACUACAUUGGGCUGCAAGGGAACCCCAAGCUGCAGAAGCUGAAGGGCGGGGCGGAAGGGCCUGUUCUAAUGGCAGAGACCGUGAAGAAGGUCAAUCGUGGCAACGGCAAGACUUCCUCCCGAAUUCUUCUCUUGACCAAGGGGCAUGUGAUUCUCAUAGACACCAAGAAGUCCCAGGCCAAAACUGUCAUUGGGCUGGACAGUGUUUCCGGGAUGUCAGUCACCAGCUUCAAGGAUGGGCUUUUUAGCUUACAUAUGAGUGAGAUAUCAUCAGUGGGCUCCAAGGGGGACUUCCUGCUGGUCAGCGAACAUGUGAUUGAACUGCUAACCAAAAUGUACCGGGCUGUGCUGGAUGCCACACAGAAGCAGCUUCCAGUCACCGUGACUGAGAAUUUCUCAGUGAGGUUCAAGGAGAGCAGUGUGGCUGUCAAGGUCAUCCAGGGCCCUGAGGGUGGUAGAAAUGGCAAGCUAAGCUUCAAGAAGAAAGGAAGCCGUGGCCUGGAAGUGACUGUAUAGUGAGGAGGUGGGGUCUGAACGCAGAGACAACAGCUUCUUCUCCAGGACCGGUGGGGUCUGAACGCAGAGACAACAGCUUCUUCUCCAGGACCAGUGCCCACCCCUCCCACUGGCGUUUGUGGGAGGAUCUCCUGUCCAACCCCUCUGAUCCUGGGGAUGGGGCUCAGAGACUGAAGAACCCUUGAAGAGGACCUUUCUUCUCCCAAACUCUUCCAGUCCCUUCUCCCUUAGAACUUAGCUUCCUCCCAACCCUCAGCCUCUUUGCCCACUAAUAAAACAAGUGACUU